AUGGACUUCCUCAAAUCCGCCGUCGCAUCCGCGAUCGCAAAGGGGAGCUCACUCCCCUUUUCUCUGGGUGAUAGAGUCGAUAUCGGAGACUCAAUCUGGACCUUGCAUAACGGUACGAAACGGGAUGAUAGCUCGGCGUGCAGUGUCUUCACAUUUGAUAUCGCGGCGAAUAAGUCACGUCUUCCUCUGGCAAAGAAUGCGGUGCGCAAAUCUAGGACUUUGCGCCAUCCGGGUGUGAUUAAGGUUUUGGAUACAAUUGAGACCGAGUCGACUCUCUAUAUUGUUACCGAACGAGUCGUUCCGCUGUCGUGGCAAGUUAAGCGAAGGAGUCUGAGUGAGGAAACAGCGAAAUGGGGUCUCUAUGCUAUUUCGUCUACUCUCAAAUUCGUCAACGGAGAUGCCUCAUCUGUCCAUGGUGCUGUGCGCGCCUCGUCGGUCUACACAAGUGAAAGCGGAGAGUGGAAGCUAGGUGGAUUUGACGUUCUAAGCUCUAUGAAGGAGGACGAUGCAAUUAUAUAUACAUACGGAAGCAUCGUCCCUGAUGCGGCCCGUUAUACUCCUCCUGAGGUAGCUAAAGGUGGCUGGGAGGUUAUAAAGGGUCACCCUUUGGCAGCAGUUGAUGCUUAUGGAAUUGGAGUCUUGAUUUUUGAGGUCUUUAAUGGUUCAUUCUCUGGUGAUCAGAUUGGAAAGACCACAAAUAUUCCCCCAAGUAUGCAUCAGAGCUAUAAGCGUCUCUGUACAGCUAACCCCAAGCUUCGUUUGAGUCCUGCGCAAUUUUUGGAGCAGGGCAAGAGGCAUGGUGGAUUCUUUCAGACGUCUUUGAUUCGGUUGACAGAGGAUAUUGACAGCUUGGGUCUUAAGACUGAUGCCGAGCGAGAGGAAUUCAUUAAUGAACUCGAUAAUUUGUCUGAUGACUUCCCUGAAGAUUUCUUCAAAAUGAAGGUCCUCCCUGAAUUGCUAAAAUCCGUUGAGUUUGGGGGCGGUGGUCCCAAAGUCUUGAGUGCUACAUUGAAGAUUGGUGCCAAACUUUCAGCAGAUGAGUUCAAUGCGAAGUUGACGCCUGUUGUUGUGCGUCUUUUCGGUAACCCUGAUCGGGCACUCCGUGUCUGCUUACUGGACAACCUACCCUUGAUGAUUGAUAAUCUUCCUCAGAAAAUUGUCAAUGACAAGAUUUUCCCUCAGAUGACUUCUGGUUUCACCGAUAUUGCCCCGGUAGUCCGAGAGCAGACUGUCAAAGCUGUGCUUUCGGUUAUCAACAAACUGAGUGAUCGAGUGAUCAAUGGAGAGCUUCUGAAAUUUUUGGCUCGAACUGCUAAUGAUGAGCAACCUGGGAUCCGAACGAACACUACAAUCUGUCUUGGAAAGAUUGCCAAAAACUUGGGAACAGGCACUCGAUCGAAGGUUCUUGUCGCUGCCUUUUCAAGAGCUAUCCGUGACCCAUUUGUACAUGGCCGUAAUGCUGGCUUGCUUGCCUUGGGUGCUACGAUUGAUGUCUUUACCGAGGACGAUUGUGCUACGAAGAUUCUCCCCGCAAUUUGUCCAGCAUUGUUGGAUAAGGAGAAACUUGUUCGAGACCAAGCAAACAAGACCCUGGAUCUAUACCUCCAGCGAGUCCGAAAAGUCGGCAGGACGAUGGCAGACAGUGUGCUUCCACCCGUUACCACUGCCGAAGCUGCUACUGAGCCCAGCAAGUCUGCCGCUCGAAUUGGCACAUCCAAUGAUAACUCCUGGGCAGGAUGGGCAAUUUCGUCAUUCACAAACAAGAUUGCUGCCGCGAAUGGCGAAAUUGAGCCUACCGCCAGUGUCACCAAACCCGCCGAAUCCGACAGUACCCGGUCUGCAUCUGUGCCCCGCCCCACUAAAUCAUCUCCUUCUGCACAAUUAGACCUCCCCAAACAGAACUUACGCCCCGUUGCCCAGCCACUAGGUCGGUCGUUAUCUGACCGCCCUCCUCCGACUGCAUAUGAACCCCCGGAGGAAGAGGACGAUGCUCUAGAUGCGUGGGGUGCUAUGGAUGAUGAUGACGAAAAGGAUGUGGACCCUUUCACAGCAGCUGUGGCUUCUCCAAACUCCUCAUCCCCUGAUCCGUCCACAACAAACAACUCCUCUACGGUUCCCUAUGACGAUGGCGGUGAACCCGACUUUGCCGGAUGGUUGGCAGCCAAGAGUCAAGCUAAGACCAAGAACCCCUUACCCAAGGGUCUAGGCAAAGUGGGAUCUACUCCAUCAGCUGCUACUAAACCCUCAGUCAAGCCACGUGUCGUGCCAGCUCCAGCCAACAAGAUAGAUACCAAGCCCAAGGACGAAGAUGAAGAUGACGGAUGGGGAGAUGCGUGGGAUUAG